GAUACGUUUUUAGAAUGUAAAUAGAUAAAAAUUUUAGGUAUUGUUUAGUACAGUGUUAACAGUUAGCACUUUCAGACAACGGCAUUGAUUAUUAUCCUGUCUGUAAUGUUACAAGUGGUUAUUUCCAAAUGGAGGUACAGACAAUACUUUUACUGUAUCGCUGCUUUGGUUUCGAUUACUGCCUCUGAAAUUCAUGGAUCAUGGACUUCUCCAUUUAUCCCACAACUCGAAUCUGAUGAUUCCCCCAUAGGCGUAAAAUUAACUACCAUACAAGCUUCUCUAGUUGUAAGCUUUUAUACCUUUGGUUUCAUUUUGGGAAGCGCUUUUACUGUAUAUGGACCUGAUAUUUUUGGUCGGAAAAUAUCAUUUAUAGUUGGAGCUGUAUUGAAUUUAAUCUCUUGGAUUUUUAUAUUGUUUGCUUCUGGUCCAAUCACUUUAUAUUUUGGAAGAAUUAUUGCUGGAACGGGAGCAAUCCUUUGUAUUAACAUUUCACCUAUGUACAUUGGAGAAAUUUCGGAUAACGAUAACAGAGGAAGACUGGGUUAUUUUAAUGUUCUUUCAAGUACUUGUGGAUCUGUUAUCGGACUGGUAAUAGGUCCAUACGUAUCCUACAGGACUUUUGCGAUUAUGGCAAUAUGCACGGUAUUAAUUGCAAUUGUAUGCCUUCUGCUGAUUCCCGAAUCGCCUUAUUAUCUCAUUAAAAAACACAAACAUGAGCACGCAGAAAAAGUAAUAUGGAAACUAGCAAGCAAUGACUCUGAUAAAGAGUUUGUCAAAAAGAGACUGGAGGAAAUCACUGAGUCUGUACAGAAGGAUAUGCUAAAUACAUCGUCUAUUAAUGAACUUAUUUGUAAUAGGAAAUAUAUAAAAUGUAUACUGCUCCACGUUGGUUUAAAUUUUAUUUUUUACAUGUCGGGCAGCCCGAUCAUAAAGUCAUAUUUGCAAACAAUAUUGGACGCAAGUGAAAGCACAAUUUCAUCCGAUCUUUCAAGUUUAAUUUUCGGAAUAGUUAACAUUGUUGCUGUGUCUCUUUCUGGUCAAAUGGUAGAUCGAUUAGGAAGGAAACCUCUUUUACUUAUAUCCUGUAUUGUCAGUGCGACUUGUAUGUUUAUUUUCGGGGCGUAUUUUUACAUUAACGAAACCAAAUCUUUUAAUAUGAAAGUUGUAACAUGGUUACCAUUGACCUGUUUAGUCGUCUUUGAAAUGUCCAAUUCUGUUGGCAUUAAUCCUAUGUCAUACGUCGUUGUUUCCGAACUAUAUCCAAUCAAUAUCAAAGGUAUUGCGAUAGGGACAAUUGGAACAGUACUAACUCCUAUCGCUGUACUCAUUCAAUUAUUUUAUGAACCUCUGAAUGAAUAUUGGGGGUUGUAUGUCUCUUUUUGGAUAUUCAGCGGAUGCUGUGUUUUUGGUAUUUUCUUUGCCAUAUUCUUUUUACCAGAAACAAAAGGAAAAUCUUUUCAACAAAUACAAAUGGAAAUCAAUAAGAACUGGGUGGAGACUGCUGGAGGCAUAGAAUCUAUCAGUAAAUUAUAA